UGCCAGCAGGCGCCGGCAGCAAGAAGAAGAGCUGUAUCUGUUGUUGGUGUUACUCGGCGGCGUAGCAUCAGGAUUAAUGCUACUGUUUGUAAUUGGCCGUAUUACAGCAGACAGGCAGACAUGCACCGCAGCAUCACAAGGUUUGCUGAGCAGCGCUGGCAUUGUUCAGUCCGCUCUAUGAGCUCUGCAGUCAGAAAGAGGAGAGCUCUGCCCAGUGCCUUCCCAGUGUUGGACCAGCCCCUCAAACCCAUCCACCAACACGUCUAUGAAGCAAACCUCCGAAACAGCAGCGCCUGCCUUAAGAAGUACACAGAGUUCAGUGAGAAGGUGAGGAAAGGUGGAGGAGAGAACGCCAUAGCCAGACACACUCAGAGAAACAGGAAGUUGCUGGUUAGGGAUCGGCUCCGGCUCCUGUUGGAUGAUGAGGACUUCUUGGAGCUUUCGCCUUUUGCUGGUUUGGGUCUGCCAUACGGGGACAUCCCUUCAGCCGGCUGCCUGACUGGCAUCGGGAGGAUCAAUGGCCUUUGGUGUGUGUUCAUCGCCAAUGAUGCCACAGUGAAAGGUGGCACAGCAUAUCCAAUCACAGUGAAAAAGCAGCUACGAGCUCAGGAAAUAGCAAUCCAAAACCGCUUGCCUUGCGUCUACUUGGUCGACUCAGGAGGAGCUUUCCUGCCCCUGCAGUCGGAGAUCUUUCCUGAUAAGAACCAGGGAGGAAGGACAUUUUAUAAUGAAGCCAUCAUGUCUGCCAUGAAGAUCCCCCAGGUGUCAGUGGUGUGUGGGUCAUGCACGGCGGGUGGAGCUUACAUCCCAACCAUGGCGGAGGAGGCAGUGAUGGUGCACCGGAUAGGAACCAUAUUCUUGGGAGGACCGCCACUUGUCAAAGCUGCUACAGGAGAGGAGGUGACACCAGAGGACCUGGGAGGAGCCACACUUCAUGCUGAGGUGAGUGGCUGUGUGGACCAUUUUGCCUGGGAGGAGAAGGAGGCGUUCAGUUACACUAGAAACAUCAUAUCCACCCUCAACUUCCAACUGCCCGAGGAAGAGGAGGAGACGAAGAAGAGGAAAGCAGAGGAGGAACCGCUGUAUAGUUCAGAGGAGUUUUUGGGGCUUGCUCCAAAGGAUUAUAACUACACUAUGGAUGUUAAACUGGUAGUCAGUCGACUCACAGAUGGGAGCCGAUUCCAGGAGUUCAAAGCUCGUUAUGGAACCACACUCGUCACAGGCUUUGCAAAGAUCCAUGGCCACCUGGUGGGGAUAGUAGCCAACAAUGGAGAGCUGUCAUAUGAGGCCGCACUGAAAGGAAGCCAUUUUGUCCAGUUGUGUGACCAGAGAGACAUCCCACUCCUCUUCCUCCAGAACACAGCACCUUCAGCAGCACUAACACUGGACACUAAACAGGCAGAGAUAAACACUAACCGUCUCAAGGCUCAGGGUUCAAUGAUGUCUGCAGUGGCAUGUGCCUCCGUCCCCAAAAUCACUGUGGUAAUUGGUGGUUGCCACGGUGCCGACAGCUAUGCUCUGUGUGGACGGGCGUUUGAGCCUAAUUUUCUGUUCCUGUGGCCCAACGCCAGAGUGUCAGUGACAGCUCCGGGUCACGCCAGCUCUCUGCUUCUACCUGACGGUGAGCAGGAGGAAGAGCAGAAGAAGCAGGAGGAGAAACUGGACAGGAAGUUAAAGGAGGAGAGUUCAGCUUUCUUCUCCUCCGGCAGGCUGUGGGACGAUGGAGUCAUUCUGCCUCAGGACACCAGGAAGGUUCUCAGAGACUCCCUGGACAUAAUCAAACAGCAGCAGUAUCAGCUGUCCACAGAGAAAGCGCGGUCAGCAGUUCUCCGUAUAUAACGGCUUCUGUGCUUAUCCUCCACCUCCUCUGGACAUGCCAAACAUUUGUCCAUCACUUGGAUUUAACUGCUGCUACUUUAGGAGCAACAGUAAUGUAGUAAGAGUUUCAGUACACCCUUUUAGCCUGCUGCUUGACUACUACAUCAAACAAACAAUCCACCAUGUUGUCCAGUGGGGAGAAAGAACCUUUGGGACAUGGUGUAUUGUAAUGCAAGGAAGUAUUAUUAUUGUUCGUCCAAAACAACCACAUUUUAGGGCCUAAACAUGCUCAAAAACUCAGAAAAAUUUGCACACACAUCAGCACUGGUUAAAAUGUUGUAUUUUAUGGGAAAUGUGGACGUGUGUGGGUGGGGUUAGAUUCUCUGGUCACCUCUAGGUGGGGGUAGACACACAUAUGGCCAUUCAUUCUCCCAUAGGCACACACAAUCACACACACACACACACACACACACACACGCACACACACACACACACACACACACACACACACACUUCUCUCACGUCUGCAUACUAAUAAUGAGAAAGAAUGUAUGAAAAUCAACACAAAGCUCUAUUUGACUCCUACAAGUAAUUCAUCUUUUGACUCGGACUGGGAGCAGUUUUUUGUGAAAAUUAUGAAUGUAGAGUCUGAUCUCUGUACACUUAGAAUAAAGUAAUCUUCAGUGUCUUGAGCAGGAACUUCAGGGGCUCUGAUCUUUUAGACUUUUGAUUUUUCAGCCUAGUGAUGGCUUGCCUUGCUGAUAGUGACAACUCUUUGAACUUUAUGUUGAGAGUUGACCUCAUCAGAUUCCAAACGCAAAUAUCACACUUGAAAUGAACUCUAGACCUUUUAUCUGCUCCUUGUAAAUGAAAUAAUGAGGGAAAAACACACACCUGAGCAGCCAAUUGUUCAAUUACUUUUAGUCCCUUAAAAAGGUGGAGGGCUCAUAUAAAAUGUGUUGUUUCAUUUCAAAUCCAUGAUGGUGGUGUGCAGAGCCAUGCUGAAAACUGUGUCCAAAUAUUUAUGGACCUGACUGUAUGUGUAACAUUUACUGACAUUUUUUGCUCUUCAUGUGUUUUUAUGAGGAUAACUGUGUUCUGUACAUGUAGGCAUUGAGUGAAAACAAGCUAGAGAGAGUCCUGGAAAAUCCUACAACUGUGCCUCAUCAAGUUUUUUUCUUCAUCCUCACUUUUACAUGCAGUCUCAGAACCCUGAAGGUUCACUGAAUCUUGACCAGCAGACAGUCGUCCACUGCUGCACUAUUGGAACUUUAAUGUGUCCCAGUGUCCUUUUGUCAAGUAAUAUAUGAUUAUUUUAUAAUUACAAAUGUAAUUCUUUUAAUGUUGUUUAUUUGUAUAAAAUCUGCAAAUAUUUUUAAAUCGCCAAACUAUUAUAUGUUUUUAACUGUAACUCUUUACUCCACUGAGUAUUGUAUUUACCAUUUUGAAUGAAUAAUUAAAAUGAUUUCACUGCA